UAGGUACAUAGGUAUUAUUCGUUUAUUACUGGGUUGAUUAUGAACAUCCAGUGUUAUUAAAAAAAACCACGUCGAUUUUUGUAUUUUCUUAUAAGUAGGUAGGUACUAGGUACCAAGCAGACAAACAAGCAUUAGUUGAUCUGAUAGGAAGGCAUUGGCUGCCUAUGUUUACAAGGCCAGGGGUGUCAAUACGCGCGUUGAAGACUUUUGUGACUACGUGACCAUUUUCUGCCACAUUUCGACUAAACUGGAUGAGAAUGAGGAACCAAUGCAAACGACCUAAGUACUAAAGUCUUCUUCAAUGCACAUAAGAGUGCGCUUGAGUUUUCUUUGGUACCUAACUACCUAGUAGGUACCUAAUCAAAAAGUGUUCAGUUCGUUGUAAUUACUGAUGUUCUAUUUAGCAUUUGAUGCAUUGCAUUUGCACACGAUCGUUCACCUCUUGCUUCCCGGGACGUCACAGCCCCGAAUUUACCUAAUUAGAAACAAGGAUUUGAGAGUCAAAUUGAGACUAUUCCGCUUUCUGGGUGUGAGUUGAUCACGUCACAUUAAUCGAUUAUUCUAAAUACACAAUAAUAAUAACAUUUAUGUAAUCUGCUAUUGCUAUUCAACCUAACUAGUACGUCUACAUAUAGUAAGCAACAACCUUGUUGACCUCGUGAAUCGUAAGACAAACAACCGAUUCUUUGUGUAUAUUCAUCGUUAUCAUUUUAUCGUGGUUGGUGAUAUAGAGUACACAUCGUAUUUGUUUCCUUCUCGUUAUGAAAUAGAUAAUUUUGAAUUUAAAAUCAAGUAAUAUUUUUCGGCUCUAAAGUCCUUUGUAUCCUUGCCACAUUUAACUACGGCCAUUUGACGUUUACAAUAAUUUGGUUGGUUUUAUUUGUUUGACAUUUACGUAGGAGUAGAGUAGGUACCUACCUAGCUGUAAACAAAUUAAUAAAACAAAAACUCGCCUGUUAUUCUAUUUUGUGAAUUUUAAAUUUAUUAGUAAAUUGUAGGAUUUUGAAAUGGUUCUAAUAAAUUUAAGUCGUAUAUUUUUUAUUAAGACUAAUACUGUGUCGAGGUCAAUUAUUUAUCACAGCUGUUUGGGCAAGGUAAUAUCAUGUGCAAGUUACAGUACUUCGAAGAAAAGUACUAAGAAAAUAUACGAAAGUGCUAAGGAUGCUGUAAGCGAUAUCAAAGAUGGGUCAAAGUUGUUGGUCGGCGGGUUCGGCCUGUGCGGAAUACCUGAGAACCUGAUACAAGCGUUAAAUGAAGUUAAAGUUGCUGGUCUCACCAUUGUGUCUAAUAAUGCAGGUGUGGAAAACUUUGGUUUGGGUAUAUUGCUCAAGAAUCGGCAAAUCAAACGGAUGAUAUCCUCAUAUGUUGGAGAAAAUGCUGAGUUUGAGAGGCAAUUUCUUAGUGGUGAAUUGGAGGUAGAAUUGACACCACAAGGUACUCUGGCUGAGCGUAUUCGAGCUGGUGGUGCUGGAAUCCCGGCUUUCUUUACACCUACUGGAUUCGGGACACUGAUACAUGAAGGAGGAUCUCCCAUUAAAUACACAAAAGAUGGAAAAAUUGAUAUACCAAGUUCCCCAAGACAUCAUCAGCAGUUCAAUGGCAAAAAUUACAUCAUGGAGGAGGCAAUUACUGGAGAUUAUGCACUUGUUAAAGCAUGGAAAGCUGACAGGCAUGGUAACUUGAUAUUCAGGAAAAGUGCACGUAAUUUCAAUCCUGCCAUGUGCAGAGCUGCCCGGACUACCAUCGCCGAAGUAGAAGAAAUUGUUGAUGAAAUUGAACCUGAUUUCAUACAUGUACCAUCUAUAUACGUGCACAGAGUUGUCAAAGGUGAUAGAUAUGAAAAAAGAAUAGAAAGAAGAACCAUCACAAAGCCAAUAGCGCAAAAAGAAAAAAAAGCAUCGGAUAUUAUGAGGGAAAGAAUUAUUAAGAGAGCUGCUUUAGAAUUUCAAGACGGAAUGUAUGCAAAUCUUGGAAUAGGUAUGCCUAUGUUGGCUAGCAACUAUAUACCAAGGAAUGUAAAAAUAUUACUGCAAUCAGAAAAUGGUAUUCUUGGUCUUGGUCCAUUCCCAACAGAAGAUGCUGUUGAUGCAGAUCUCAUCAAUGCUGGUAAAGAAACAGUGACAGUUCUUCCUGGGGCAUCAUAUUUCUCAUCUGAUGAUAGUUUCGCCAUGAUUCGCGGGGGACACAUAGACCUAACAAUUUUAGGGGCUAUGCAAGUUUCACGUUAUGGUGAUCUAGCAAAUUGGAUGAUACCUAAAAAAAUGGUGAAAGGCAUGGGAGGUGCCAUGGAUUUGGUGUCAGCUCCACGGACUAAGGUCGUGGUCACCAUGGAACAUGCGGCGAAAAAUGGCGACCACAAAAUCUUGCCAGAAUGCACGUUGCCGCUUACGGGAAAGAACUGCGUGGACAUGAUAAUAACUGAGAAGUGUGUGUUUGAAGUUGACAAAGAAAAUGGUCUGACUUUGACUGAAUUAGCGGAAGGCGUGACUGUCGAAGAUGUGGUGGCCAGCACGGGAUGUGAGUUCCAUGUAUCACCGACCAUUAAGAAAAUGGGAAAUGUCACUGAACUUGAUGCUGAAUAAGGUCAUCAUAACAUAUUAAACACUGCUAUCAAGGGAGAUAUUACAAUGUCAGUGUGGUUUUCAAAUUUAUUUCUCCAAAAUUUAAAUAAAUGUACGCUCAAUUCGUAAGGCUCAAUAAGACUUAAGAAUAAAUACAGGAUGCUGACUGAAUCCUUAUAUAUCAUAAAACAAAGCCCUCUGCCGCGUCUGUCUGUCUGUUCGCGAUAAACUCAAAGCCUACCGUACGGAUUUUCAUGCGGUUUUCACCAACAGAUAGUGUGGUUCCUGAGGAAGGAGGUUCCUUAGGUGUGUAAUUUGUAUAAUUUGUUUGUAAGCGAAGCGUGACGGGGCGUUAGUUAAAUAUAAAUCGAUGAGUGAUAUCUUCAUAAAUGUAAGAUUAUAAUCGAUAGUAGGUACCUAAAUAUAGGUUUAUUUUCAAGUGAUUAGAUUGAUCAUCAACAUUGUGAACCACCAGCAGUUCCAAACACUGCGUUUAAAACUAUAUUUAUAAGUGAUGGUAUAUUUUAAUUAUUUUGUGUAUAUAUCGAUAUAUAAGCAUAAUUAUAAAGAUUGAGCUACCAACUAAGAAAGUUUUAUUGUGUUAGCAAUCAGAUCUGGAUUUUGCACCCGGUUAUUUUCUAGUUUACUCCCUGAACGUUUUAAUGUAUAAGUAGUACACAAUACUACAUACAGAUUUUUCCAUAAGGGAGUACUUAAGAGUAAUGAAUAAUCGAAUUUGGUAUUACUUUUUGGCAUUUAAAGUGAUUUUAUAUACAAAUUACGAAAUACAUAAUCACGGAUAUCUGUGAUGUUAUAGCUUUGUGAUUGAACGAUUUUGAAUAUUUAUAUAUACCUACUUAAGUAAUUAUUAAACUCAUGUUGAUAAUACUAUGUUAUUUAUAUGAAAUAUGUUACCUAUUACGUAAGUGUUAAUGUUCUAUUGUGUUCUUUAUAAUCGUAUCGAACUAUAUUUUUUAUUUAUAUUUUGUUGUAAUAAACUUCUUAAAUGUU